AGAUCUUUGACACCCUUGGAUAGAGGUACAUCGUUUUCAGUCGCUAAAAAUCUGUUCUUUCUGAAGUCGAUUGGAGUUGUUCAUGCAUGUGCAGGAGUGGGAAAUUUGUCUCCGUCAUUCUGCAGUUCUGUUUAUGCUGAGUAUCACCGUAUAGUACAACAUCACAACAACAUGCCGAAGUCUAAAGGUCUUAUGGAAAGGAUCAAGGAUGGGGAAACCGUCAUUGUUGCAGAGGGGUAUAUUUUUGCUUUUGAGCAUCUGGGAUACCUGAAAGCAGGGCCGUUCACCCCUGAAGUUGUAGUGGAUCAUCCCGAGCUGGUACGUCAGAUGUACAAGGACUUUGUACGCGCUGGAAGUGACGUAGUACAGGCGUUUACGUAUUAUGGUCAUCGUAACAAGUUCAAGCUGGUCGGACGGGAGGAUGAGCUCGAGAAGCAGAAUCGUCUAGCACUCAAGCUGGCGAGAGAAGUGGCCGAUGAGACGGGAACCCUGAUGUGCGGUGACCUCAGCAACACGUUUGUGUACCAACCUGGUAACGAGGAGGCGAUUGCUACGACAAAAGCGAUGUUCAAGGAACAAGUCGAGUGGGCCGUGGACGAGGGGGCUGAUUUCAUCGUGGGCGAGACGUUUGGUCACUUGGGAGAGGCUAUGCUUGCAACCCAGGCCAUCAAAGAAUACGGAAAAGGUGUACCGGCAGUCAUCACCUUCGGAACGCACUUCAGCAAGUACUCCAAAGAUGGCAAGGUCUUGACUGCCGACGACGUCGAGUUCAACGACGCUCUUCGACGUCUCGUAGCUGCAGGCGCCGACGUCGUCGGCUUCAACUGCAUGUCUGGACCUACGUCCAUGCUGCCUCUACUUGAGAGCGCAUCAAAGGCAGAUAUCGGGGUUCCUAUAGCUGCCCUGCCAGUGCCAUACAGAACUACUAUGGAGGAACCAAACUUCACGACCAUCAAAGAUCCCGUAUCAGGACAACGAGCAUUUUAUACCGAUCUCGACUGCCUUCUCUGUUCUCGCACUGACAUCGUCAAGUUCGCUGAGCGUUGUGCCCAACUCAAAAUACCGUACGUGGGACUCUGCUGCGGAAAUUCGCCUCACUACACCAGGACCCUGGCCGAAACUCUGGGGAGGGUCACCGAGGCGUCCAAGUAUUCACCAGACAUGUCUCUACACGGAUUCUACGGCACGAAUGCUGGCAAGGUCAACACUUACUACACCAAGAUGACCCAAGACCUGCCAGCAACUAAGGCUAUGACCGCAAAAGAAUAGAAAACAAGGCGAACGUCUCGAGGAGGAAGAGAAAGACGAAGAAAAAAAAGAAGGGAAAGAGGAAGAGCAGAAGGAGUA